AUGAUUGCAAACGGUCACAAUGACAAGCAGCGGAACAUUGAAUUCCUGUCAGAUGGACUCACCUUGAGUGGCUUGCUACGAUUGCCCGAAGGUGAAACACAACAUCCAUUGGUCAUCCUGGGACACGGACUUGGUGCUUUGAAAGAGUGGACUCUUCCUGAACUUGCCGAUGCUCUCGUCAAGGCCGGCAUUGCAGCACUGUGGUUUGACUAUCGGAAUGUUGGUGAUAGCGAGGGUGAACCACGUGAAGAGGUCGAUCACAUAGGUCGGUUGGAGGACUGGCAGAAUGCGAUCAGCUAUGCUACAAGCCUGGCGGAAAUUGAUUCGCAACGCAUUGGGAUAUGGGGGACUAGCUUGGGAGGCAGAGAUGUCCUGGCAGUGGCCGGCCUCGAUAAGCGAGUCAAAGUUGUGGUAUCACAGACACCAGUUAUCAAGUGGUCCUCCAUGACUGGUGCUCGUAUGGGUGGAUAUGGCGACGACAUGGAUCGCUACCACCAGGAGUUGGCCGAAGACCGCACGAACAGAGCUUUGGGGAAACCGGCCCGAUAUAUCCCUUUUGUGAAAGAAGCGAACGACGAAGUGAAGAAAGCGUAUAUCGACCAGUUGAGUCCGGAAGAGACUCGCAACUACAAAGGGCGCCUCACCCUUCAGAGUUACAAACCAACGAUUUUCACUGAUGUGACGCCUUUUAUCGAAAUGAUUGCACCAACUCCGCUCUUGUUCAUUCUCGCUGAGAGCGAUUUCAUACCUGGUCAAAGGGAGGCGUUUGACGCAGCAAAAGAGCCUAAAUCCCUCCAGAUCAUCAAAGGGAACCACUUCUCGCCCUACACGACUUCCAAGGAGGAUUCCAUUUCACUUUCGAGGGACUGGUUCGUCACAUAUUUGAGUUCCUGA